AUGAUGAAGGAGGCUCGUUCCAACUCGUCUUGCAGGGAGACCUUGUUGAAGUCUUCGGAUCCACCCUUCAUCAAAGAAGUGAUGGAGGUCCCAUUGCCAAGUAAGUUCAAAAUGCCUAACUUAGAAAGAUAUGAAGGCUCAACCGACCUGGUUGUUCACUUGGAUACCUUUAAGGUAUUAAUGCAACUGCAAGGCGCACCAGAUGCUAUCAUGUGUCGUCUGUUUAUCGCCACCCUUAAAGGGAAUGCCAGGGCAUGGUAUCGAACCCUAAAACUCGGAUCCAUCAAAUCCUUCUCUAAGAUGGAACAAUUUGCCAGAUACUUCAUCAGCCGCCGUAGGAUGGCAAAGACCUCAGCUCAUCUAUUGAACCUGGUCCAAGGAGAAAGGAAAACGUUUAAAAAAUUCAUACAUCGCUUUGUCGCUGCUACUUCAGAGAUUCGCAACUUGGAUCAUGGGGUAGUAUUGACAGCCUUAACCACGACCCUCCAACCUGGGAACUUCUUGUACUCCUUAGGGAAAAGGCCUCUAGUUGACAUGGGGGAACUAAUGGCACGAGCACAGAAUUAUAUCAAUCUAGAAGAAGUAAUGGACACAAGGAGAGAUCAAGUUGAUUUAAAAAGAAAGAGCUCGAGGGAUAUAGGGGAGGACUCUAAAAUAGGGAAGAAGCAAGAGAGUAACAAGCAGCAGAGCAGCCCUAAGGGGUUAGGACAUACAAAGCAUCUCGGAAAGAAUGCCCAUGAAGAGCGGCUUGACAAGAAUACGUAUGAAGAACAGCUCGGUGAGAAUGCUCAUGAAGAGCGGAUCGGCAAGAAUACACAUAAAGAGCGGCUCGGCAAGAAUCCCCAUGUAGAGCAACUCGGUAAGAACGCCCAUAUAGAGUAG